AUCUUUCCCCUUUUAUUCUCAUUUCUCUUUCUCUAACAAACAACUGAUUAUUCUCUGCCUCUCUCUCUCUUUCUUGAAUACCCAUUUUUUUCUGUUCUUUUUUCUCUGCAAAAAAACUCCAUGAAAAGAGCUUGAAAAAAGAAAGAAAAAAAGUUGAAGAUUUUAUUGGUUCAAGUGAGAAAUGGGGAAGUACAUGAGGAAGUCAAAAAAAGGAGGGGAAGUAUCACCAAUUGGUGUUCUAACAAGGGCUAAAAGUAAAACCCUAGCUGCUCUUCAAAAAUCAUCAAGAAUGGUGGUGUCACCGGUUACCGGCAACGGCGGUGAUGGUGAGUCCUACUUAGAGCUUCGUAAUAGAAGGCUAAUCAAACCCUUUUCAGUUCUUGAUGGGAAAAAACAGAAACACAAAGAUCCCAAUUUGGCAAACCCUAACCCUAAGGGAAAGGACUGUUUGGAUGCUCAAGAAAUGGAAAAUGAGAAUAGCUGCUUUGGAGAAAACUUGUUGGAAUUUGAAGGUGGAAAAAGGACUACCAGGGAGAGCACACCUUGCAGUUUGAUAAGGGAUUUGGAGACCCCUGGUUCCAGUACGAGGCCGAGGCGUAUUAAUGCAAACGAAGUACCAAACUCCGUGCGAGCGAAUAUCCCAACUGCUCAUGAAAUGGAUGAGUUUUUUACCAGAGCAGAAGAGCAGCAGCGGAGAAAAUUCAUUGAGAAGUACAACUUUGAUCCAGUGAAGGAGGAGCCCCUUCCCGGACGUUAUGAAUGGGUGAAAGUAGAUUGUUAAAAUGCCUUGUCCUGCAUUUUCUAUGUUUCAUCUUUAGGCUUUUAGAUAAAGAUAGGAAAAUAGCAUGUAAGUUUUAGUGGUUCUAAGUGGUGGUUGGUGAAAUUUCUAUUUCCCGUCACUCUUGAGACUUGUAAAGAAAAUUAGAAGGUAGACUAAUGAUCUGUAACAUAGCAGAGCUUGUGACAUUAAACAACAAAUACAAGGAGAGAGAUCCUUUGACUAACAGAUCAUGCAAAAGGGAAAGAAGAAGGGUUGUCGUGGGUAGGCUUAGUAGUAGUAGUAGUAGUGGCAUAGAAGGUAGAUCAACUAAUCUCUUUGUUUUCAGUAGUCUCUUUUGUUCAUAAUUGUACUGAUGGAACUUGUUUUAGACAUUCUGAAUAAAUUGACCCUCAAAAGUUUUUGCCCCCUU